GUGAGAAUUAGAUAAUAUUUGUGUUUUAGUAAGAGAACCAUCACACGGUCUUCUUCCACUCUCGUGUUGUUGACGGUCUUUCAGUCCAAACUCUUGCUGUACUCGGAGCAUAAUGACCUCCAAACGCCGGAAUAACGGCCGAUCCAAGCAUGGUCGGGGGCACACCAAGCCAGUCCGUUGCACCAACUGUGGACGAUGUGUGCCUAAGGAUAAGGCCAUCAAAAAAUUCCAAAUCCGGAACAUUGUUGAAGCCGCUGCAGUUAAGGAUAUCAAUGAGGCAUCAGUUUACACUGUGUACCAGCUUCCCAAACUGUACAUCAAGCAACAUUACUGUGUGUCAUGUGCUAUCCACUCUAAGGUGGUGAGGAACAGGAGUCGCAAGGCCAGGAAGAUCCGCACUCCACCUCCCCGCUUCCCCCGUGCUCAGGACACGCGGCCACGCCCCAACUAAAUGAAAAAAUAUUAGGUUAUAGAAGAAUAAAAUCACUUCCUGUACAUCAGGUAUGAAACUUCUAUUAUGAGUUCUCUUACUUGGUGUAUUUAUGAAGGAUGAGUCUGGUGAUAACUCAUAUUUAUAUUACUGAUUCGCUCACUUGGGUUAUAAUUGCUUGAAGGGGAAAAAGAAUAAUUGGCUUAAUGAGGUAAUGGCUGUUGGUUGUGGCCACUUUACACUAGUAGGAGAUGGCCAACAAGUGGAUAGUUGUUUCUUCUUAGUUUCAAGCAGAGUAUCCAGUGUGGGUAGUGCAGUGGGCAGUUAACCUGAUUAUUCUAACCCCCAUUAUGGUUCGCUAUAUGUUAAUAACUGCUAGAUUAAGUGUGGUACAUAAGUGUUAAUAUGACCUCUGCUGUGUUUCAUUCUGUAGACACUUGCUCUACAGUUUUAUUGACAUAAUUAAUUUAUAUCUUUACUUCAGAGUCUUGAGUUGUAAUUUUUCUCAUUAGUUUUAUUUAUUGCAGGACGCCGGGCUAUCCCGUUACUAAAUAAAAAAUUCAGUAAA